AUGACAUACGCUUGCGCUGCAUACGGCAGACAGAUCUUCGGAGUCGGGGGUCGUCUUGCCUGGGCUGAUGACCAGGAUGCAGGCUGUUACGAGGUGCCUGCUUUUCUAUACGAUGCCCAGUCCGAAGCGAUCAUGCCAGAUUUUGACAAAUCCCUGUCCUACAUUAUCAUCCUGUUCUCUUCCCGAUUUCACAGCCGAGGAUAUCAAGAACUCCCUAUCUCCGAAGGCGUGGGCAGAUCCCGCCCUCAAGAGACUAUUCGUUCCCAGAACGAACUCCAAGGAAUCCGUAUGCCACGUCUUCAUCCCGGCCUGCGAAUGUGA